AUGUCUAGCAAUCUAUUGAACACCUUACCAAACCUGCGUUUGCUUCAUCCAAUCACAAAUUCGCCUCUCAGGAACUCUCCUGACGGUUCUUCAAAGCAAUUCAACUUAUUGGACUUUGGGAUUGUGGAAUUGAGCAAGUCGUAUGCCCUUAAGUAUCGGCUUAACGAUUUCACUGUUCAUUGUAUGAACAAAGUUGUAGUCUUGAAUCCAACCCAUUUGGAUAAUUUUAAUGUGAUGAUGAUGCACGGUAAAGGCCAGUUGUACUUUUCCAGAUUCGGAGAUGAGAAAUGGACCCUUUUGAAACACAACAACUCUUGGUUUGAUGAUAUUAUUGCUUAUAAGGGUCACUGCUAUGUUGUUGAUAGAGACGGAAUAGUUUCAUGGAUGAAUUCAGAGUUUAAGGUGAUUCAAUUUUCGCCUCCCUUAGGUAGGUCGGGUGAGCAGAAGCAUUUGGUUGAGUCUUGUGGUGAUCUUUAUGUGGUUGAUCGGUUCACUGAGAGGCCGGGGCCCAAGAUGGGCAAGCUGUUAGAGCACUGGGACCUUAUUUUUGGUGAUCUCACUUCCCCUUAUCCUGAGACAGUUGGUUUUAAAGUUUAUAAACUGGAACAAGAAUGGGGUAGGUGGGUUGAGGUGAAUAGCUUGGGAGAUCAAGUGUUUGUUUUGAGCCAUGGCGACUCUUUCUCUGUCUCCACCAGAGGCGUUUCUAGAGUGAAGGGGAAUUGCGUUUUAUUCACCGACCAAAAGCGUACUCGGCAGUGUUCUGUGUUCAAUUUGGAAAAUGGCAGCAUUACGAACCUAGCAGCUUCACCUGGCUAUUCUCCGAUGCUCCAGCCACCCUCAGCCUGGCUCUCACCCGACUGAUGUCUGUCUGCAUGCUGAUUGGUGAAUGGAAGUUACUUUUUUACUGCUAAUGAAGACCCUUUUCUGCAUCUCUCGGAGUAGGUGGAAAAUACCAUUUCUCAUGAAGAGUGAUUUGCAAAAUUUCCCUAGAAUAAAACCAGUGGUAAAUUAUCAGUCUAGUUUGUCCAAUGUUAAAGACUCUAGUCUUUUUAUCGGUCCAAUGUUUAAGGUUGGAGUCUGUUAAUAUUA